UUUUUUAAAAUUUUUUGGCUAAUUAAAAUUUCAACAAUGAGGUUUUUCUCUUAUGAAGACAUUGAUAUUCAUGACGAAGACGUUAUUUCUCUUCGUGGCCAUGGUUGGUUGACUGAUAACAUUAUUCGUAUUGUUUAUGCCACUCAAUCAGAAUUAAUUAAAUACGAAAGCGAUCAAAUCGACACCCUUUUAAAUAAUAUUGGAGUAAAUCCUGAUAAAUGGAAUUUAUUUAUUUAUAACGACAGCAAUAAUCCAAAUCAAGUUUAUAGUGGGACACAUUGGUCUUUAAUUCUUUUUAAUCCUAAUCAAAAGAAUUUUUUACUUUUUGACCCUGCAAGAGGCUUUGAAAAUUAUGAUAAUGUUAGUGAACCUGUUUAUUCGUUUGUUUCUAAAAUGACAAAUUAUUUAAAAUUAACAUCCAACCAACCAAUUCGAAGAUAUACUCAAACGCCGUUUAUGGAAAUUUCUGGUGAUUGUGGUAUUUAUAUAAUUGAAUAUUCGAGAAUAAUUUUUAAGCACAUUUCUGGUGAUUUUAAAGUUGAUCAAGAUUUAAAUUUUAAAUUUGAUGGAUAUUUAAGAGAAGGUUUGAAAGGUAUUGAAAAAGCUCGUUUAGAAUGGCAAAAGACAAUUCUUACUUUAACUGAAAAAGAAAAGAGGAAAUUAUAAAAUUAAAAAAAUAUUUUAUUUAAAAAAUAUUUUGUUAUUUCCUUUCAAAACUUGUGGGAACGUUUCUUUAACAAAAAUAAUAAACCUUUUUUUGGCUACAUCUGUCCGCAACUGCUAAUUGCUA